AAUAGUUGGCAACAUGCCUUCCCAAUUUUUCCCAAACUAAUUAAUUAGUCAAUUAAUUUCUCUGCGACUUGUAUCUCAGAGACGGUUAUGCGGUGGUCUAGGACACCCCGCAAAUGGUAAUGUAUUCUACGGUGGCUCGCUUUGACAGUGUGGUCGCACGUACGUCAGAGCCACCGGUAAAGUUAACGUUUCAUUUCGUUUCGUUAACCUGUUAACUAUAAUAAGUGUCAACGGUAUCACGACAACCGUAACAUGCGUCAUUGGUAAACAGCGUACGCUGCUCACACGUCUAUCUAGCUGCGUAUCUGCACUGUCCUCGAAGCUUCAUCGUCGUCGAAACACGAGGCGUUUGCAGCGGCUUAGUUCUGAACCCACGGUAGUGUGGCGUCAUUCGUGCAGUGAUUGUGAGGACGAAAUCGAGAAGGCCGCUUUGUUUUCUUGUCCCGGAUGUUUGACGAGAGCGUGGCCGCACCCUUGCACCCGAACUGUGCGUAAAACUUCUGCCAUGUGUAUUCUCCUCCGCGCAAGUCUUGAGCUCCUCGGUGCCGAGAUAAGACCUGCUAUAAAAGAAAGGAGCGCGCAAUCUCCGCGCAUUCUCAGCAUUCUGCGGCGAGACUCGUCCGAAAGGUCCAGACGUUCGCAAGUUGCCGUGUCUCUUGCAGCCAGCUGCUACAGCGACUGCGUAUACAGGUGGAUCAAGCAGGAGACACAGCUCCGGAAGCCAACCAUGACCUCGGCGAUGAUGCUCAUCGUGUGCACCUUGCUCUUCCUCGCUUCCAAAAGCGAUGGCGCAAAUGGCGAUGGCCCAAAUGGCGAUGGCGCAAAUGGCGAUGCCAAAAAUGACGCAUCGGACUGCCAAGACAAUAAGAAUACAGGCCUUCUGGCGGACGACAACUGCAUGUUGAUAUGCAAUGGCACCAUGAGUGUGAAGCAGAGCCCUGCCGCAGACGGAACCAAGUGCCUGAUUGCUGUCAAAGACGGUACUGAGGACAAGACGCCGCAAGACAAAAGGGAACCUUACGGGAACUGCCAGAACCACACUUGUGCAACUGUUGGGCAAAAUAGCAAUGUAAGCAUUCCCAUUGCCGACAAAAGCCUAAAUUCAAUCAAUCAAGUGGUCUCUGUUGCCAAACCCACGACCACUCCUAAAGGCAACCAGUCAGAUGUUACCACCAAGGUGACGGUCACGGGUGUCAGCAGUGCCAUGACGACACUGCCGACCACCGUUGCGCCAAGUUCUACGGGCACACCAGACGCCAACAACAACACCCCUGCCGGCAACAACACCACCCCUGCCCCCAACAACACCACCACUGCCGCCAACACCACCAUCCCUGCAGCCAACGGCUCGAGCCGAUCGCGACUCGUUAGCGCCGCCGGGAGCCAAGUCCUUGGUGUCGUACUCGCAAUCGGCGCGCUUCUCUUGCGGGCCCCGUAGACAGCAAGCUCGCACGUGGUGCGACAAUUGCCCUCGGCGACGCCAUGUCGAGUGCAUGUGACGGUGUACUUGAAAGCAACUGCCUACAGGAGUCUUCUGCGUUAGCAUAAGGAGUGUCAAAGUGGAAAAAGCAAGUGUAUAUGUGUGUGAAGUGUGGGAAGCCGGUCACGUGGUAGAGAGAGGAUGGGAGGACAUAUACUUCGCUCCUAGAGGCAGCACGAGUGUCGAGUGAACAGGCCUUUGCAAUGUGGUGAACGCGCUUUAAAAUCACGGAUCCGGAACCUCAAAGAGGUGCGACGUAAUGCUAACGCAUUUCUCUCGCAUUUACUGCUAAGUCGCCAGACUUUCUUGUUUUUACGGAGCCCUGAAAUUCCGCACCGCUCCCCCGCUCUCUUUGCUUUGACUGUUACAUACGAUAACCCCGCCACCUCUAACGCGUACAGCGUGAAAUCAUUGCGCGUAUUUGAACUUGCGGCAAGUCGGAACGACACGUGACCACGGCCGCGGUGCAAUACGUGGGCCGCAUAAAUGUGCCCACAGCAGCGUCGUUUUACAUCGUGCUCGAUUGUCACGUUGUCACGCGGGCCGCCAUCAAGCUGGUCGAGCGCCCAGUCUUCACCGUUAUUUAUUUCGGGCUAAGCCUGACCUUGAUACGCGCUGAAAAAACAAAUUGCCGCAUGCUCCGAGUUUGUAUAUUGAGAGCACCGUGGCUUCCGAAUUUCUUCGCACUUCUGCAAAGAUGAAAAUCAAAGUAAUGUUGACAACAAAUUGAUUCGAGUAGCAAGCAGAACACAGACCCGGGGUCCAGCCAGCUUCCAGACGAGAAUAGCUUCCGCCACCCUCAGUUCAGGUGUUGCAAGAGUGGAGUAUCAGAAAAGCUAGCUCUAAUCAAGGCACUUGAUUUCGACGCACCCCCUUCAGAAUCUAGGGCAGUGCGAAUUGCGAAGCAUUUAAUAUUGACUAAGCAGUUCUUAGAGCUUCAACCCUAGCAGUGAUGACGAAAUAAACUUGCGCGCGGACGCACGUCCCCGCCAGCAUUCUCAUGUCGUCGAGUAGUUAUCUGCUCAACUUGGAGUUUUCAUAGGGACAGGAACAUCACGACGUAAGCGAUCGAUUUUCUGUGACUACAUUGAUGGCGUCGUGUAUACUAGAGUAUUGGUGAGAGUAUGGGUGAACGCGCACGCUCAAGAAUGCGGCUUAUCUUCCUCGGAAAACCCUCCCUGAUCCCUCGUGCGAAGUCCUCAAAGUAUGACUUUUAUAGAACGAGGCAUCUUUGAUAUUUAACACUGAUGUGAGCGAGGCAACGAUGACAACAAAAGGUAACAACCUUUUGCGUCACGAUUUAUGUUCUUCUUCCACCACUAUUAGAAGGGUCAGCGUAUAGCAGUUUGCAGAAACAUCCUAUCGUCAAUAAGUCAUCGAAAACAAAGAAAAUUCAUUGUUGUUGCUUGUUCUCGUCUCUAACAAUGUGCCAGUCUUCAAGUAUACAUAUUUCCAUUGCCUGUUAUUUCUGUGAAGAACGGCGUCAUUCGCAUUCCUGAUUUGUUAAAGGGACAAUUAACUUAGCGUUUCACCCAUCGGCACAGAACUUCUUGCCGACGUUUUGUGUAGCGCGCGUCAAGUCGGAGAAAUGUGUUUCAUCCUUGUUGGUGUAAAUGAUCACGAUAUGCUGCAAGGUUUAUUUAUUUAUGUGCUGCCUGUGCCAUGGACCUGUCAAUAAAGUUUGAUCAAAU